AUGAAUACCAUGCUUUCUCAGGAAUUGAACCUGAGGGCAUACAACAACAUUAUAUGCAGAGUCCCCUUGGUGUUUGUCGGAGCUAGCUCUCAUGUUAAAGACCCAGCUAAGAUUAUUCCUGUGUUUUAUGAGGUGGAACCCUGGGCACUACGCCAUAUAGAAAAGGGAGUCUACGCUGAUGCAUUCAUUCAAUACCGAAAGAAAUCCAGGCACCUAGACAAGCUUAAGCUGUGGAAGGAAGCCCUCCAAUCUAUUUCAUUCACCACAGGUUACGAAAUGAAUAAUUCCAAUAUCGGUGAGCAUAGAAGCAUACUAUCAGCAGUCCAAUGGGAAGUACAGAGGAUAAAGCCUUUGCACGUUGCAAAAAAUCCAGUAGCACUUGACAAGCUCGUACGAGAUUUUGAAAGGCGAUGCCUUCAUAAUCUUGUUCAAGAUUUUGAAAUCUGCUGUGGAAUGAAUAAAGAAGGGGAAGGGAAGGUUAAGAUUGUUGGCAUCUUCAGAAUGGGAGGAGUGGGUAAAACAACUCUUUCGAUAGAGUUGUCGAAAGAGUUGUUCAAUAGAAAGCGACAACAAUAUGCUCGAGCUUGUUUUCUAUUUGAUGUCCGGGAAGCUUCAGUUAGAUGCAAUUUACCUUCAUUACAAAUGAAACUCCUUAAAGAUCUCUUCGGUGAAAAAGAUCUGAGUUUUCAUAGCCCAAAAGAUGUGCUUUCUGAGGCUUAUCUUCGCCAUUCAGACAUUUGGCUUUCUCCCAGAGCAAUCGUCAUUGUUUGUGGUGUGGUUGUGGUCAGUAACUCUGCUUCACUACACACCAUAAACGAAUCCUUUGAAGAUUCAACAUGGAAAUUCAACUUGCGACAAGGAGAUUGGAUAAUUACAAGGAUAAUUAGCCGCCAAAAUUAUGGACGGCUUUACCGACAGUUUCAUAUUCUUAGCAUGCGAGGAAUAAUGAAGACGUGGUGUGAGUGGGGCGUUAAGGAAGGCGAAGAUUGGAGAAUCUGCCACGCUUUAACUGCAAUUGUUGAUAAGCUACAUCAGAAAUAA